AUGCGCGCCAAUUUAGACAGUGACAUUCAUAAGUUAAGAAACAUUGCAUUUGUAUAUUUUAAAGUUGUGUGUAUAAUUACUUAAUGAAAAUUAACUUUUAUAGGCUUCAGUAACAACUAAAACAUGUUUUAUCAUUUGGGUAACCUAAAAAUAUCCUACCUUGUAUCUUGACAUAGUUUUGAAGUUGCUUGAAACUUACUCUAUUGAAAAUGCCUGGAUUUAUCGACACUGGUAUUAAAGAAAGUACAGAAAUCAUCACAACUGAUGAUAACAACACAUACAGUACAUCAUCAACUUGCUCGGGAAAAAAACAUAUUAAAAAUGGGAUACAAUUAAAAAUCACAAAUAUGUUUGGUGCUAAACGGAAAAGAAAUUUUUCAGAGGAGGAAGGCAGUGAUAAUAAAAAGAUCAAAUGUAAUGAUCAGGUCAUUGAAGAAAAUGAAAUAAAUGAGGUAAAUAGAACAACUGACAAUAUAAGUACUGCUAAAAUGGGAGUUAAAAAAGAGAAUUCUGAAGAAGAAUUUAAACAAGAAGAAAACAGUGAUGAAAAAAUUAACAACAAUAGUAAUUCCAAUGAAAGUGGUAAAGAAUUAACUAAACCAGUUACGGAUAUAAACAAAAAUAACACAACACAAUCUGCGGACACAGAACAAUGUGAUAUUUGUGGACAAUAUUUAAAUAAUUCUGAUAUAAUUUACUAUCAAGGACAUCCUCAGAAUGCUGUUGAAGAAUUUAUUGCACUUACAAAUGAAAAAUUAUUAUUAGCAUCAGGUGAUGACGGAGAUAUAAUGGAAAGACCGCAAACAAACAUAACUGGAUUUUCAAUAUUUGAUCAACAUGGACAUCUUUGUCCAAUUGACGGUGGUUUAGUGGAAAGUGACGUAAGGAUAUAUAUGUCUGGGUAUUUAAAAUCUAUUUGCGCUGACUCUCAGGAAAUUGACGAGGAUUCCAUUCCUGUAAAAGAUGUAGGUCCGAUUAUUGAAUGGUUUAUUCAUGGCUUUGAUGGUGGUACCAGAAAUUGUAUAACUCUAUCUACGGAAUUCGGUGAAUACAAUUUACUAAAACCGAGCGAGGCGUACACACCACUAAUGGACAAUUUGUAUGAGAAAAUUUGGCUCAGUAAAGUUGUUGUUGAAUAUUUGGAAGAAAAUCACUAUCUUCAACCUUCAUAUGAAGACUUAGUUGGCAUUAUAUGCCAAUCAGUCAUUCCCGAACUAAAUGAUAAGAAAAUGUCCGAGGAAAUGUUGCAUAAACAUGCGCAAUUUGUUUGCGACCAGGUCGUUAGUUUGGAAACUGGUGAAGAUGAUGAACCAUUGAUCACCCUUCCGUGUAUCAGAGAGUUAAUUAAGCUGAUGGGCAUUAAAUUUGGUAAGAGAAGAAUUCGGGCAAAGAUUGAUUACAAGAAAGUGGAUAAAAAGGCCUGGACCAAGGCAACAACUACUCCAUUGGUUCAGAAGACUUUCGAAAGUUUCUUUUCCAAUCAGUUGGAUAAAACUAAUCACGAAUUGGUGUUAAGAAGGAAGAGAUGUGGUGUUUGUGAAGCUUGCCAGUUGCCAGAUUGCGGUGAAUGUAACGCUUGCCGAGCGAUGGCCAAAUUCGGAGGUCAUGGAAGAACUAAGAAAGCUUGCGUGCGUCGACUCUGUCCUAAUAUGGCCGUAGAACAAGCCGAGGACUCUGAACCGGAAGACGAAGAAGAAUAUCGUCAAAUGGUAGAACGGAAAGAACGAGAUAAAAUAGAUGACGCGGUACCUGUGAAACUCACAGGCUCAAGUAAUAGAAAAAUAACAUGGGUGGGGGAGCCAAUUAAAGCGGAUGCUACCAAAGUUUACUAUGAGAAAGUAGAAAUUGACGGCGCAGAGCUUCGUAUAGGUGACUAUGUGAUGGUCGAAACUUCUCAGGCCAACAUUCCAGCCUUAGUUACUAGGGUUACUUAUAUGUGGAAAGAAUCUAUUAAUCUAAAGAGUGGUUAUUUCCAUGGCGAAGUUUUUAUAAGAUCGUCUGAUACAGUGUUAGGUGAAGUAGGUGAUCCGAGAGAAGUGUACUUAGCUGACCGUUGUUGCCACGGGGCUCCGCUGUCUUCUAUUUUAAGGAAAGCCAAUGUAGAGAGAAGAGAGACUGCUAAAGAUUGGUUCAAACUCGGCGGUAAAAGCGUCGAUGAAGAAUUUUUCGAAGAUGACGGAAAGACAUAUUUUUACAACAAAUACUAUGAAAGGUUUAUGGCUCGCUUCGAAGAUCUACCGGUGGAUCCGAUCUGUCCUAACGAAUUAAGAAAACAUAGAUAUUGUCCGUCUUGUGAAAGAAAAACUAGAAAAGAUGCAAAAGACAUUCCUAAGGUGUUUGGAAAACUGAUGGAAAAAUCUGCAGUUGUGACCGAAUCUAAUAGAACUGAAUGGACUUCUAUUAGAUGGCAAGAUUAUGAAUAUAAGAAAGGCAUGGGCGUUUUUCUUAAACCUGGCACUUUUAAACUUAAGAAUAACUUUAUUACCACAAAUACCAACAACAAUAAAACCAAGUUAGAUAAAGUAGACGAGGAUGUUUAUCCGGAGUAUUAUCGUAAGAGUGAUAGUAAUUUACGGGGUUCUAAUGUGGACACGGGCGAACCAUUCUGCGUGGGCCACAUAGCUGCGGUGACGGCGGCCGGCGAGGGCCCUCUCGUCGUCCCACAAGACAUCUAUAUCAAAGUUAAUAUUUUGUACAGACCAGAAAAUACUUCGAAUCGCUUUCCACAGCAGGAAGAUCUGAAUGUCGUAUACUGGAGCGAUGAAAUCAAAGAAAUUUCUUUCUCCUCUGUAGUCGGACCGUGCCAUUUGAUCUAUGAAAGGAAUGUACCGUGUCAAGAAACACUCCACGAAUGGCUCGAAAGGGAUCCGACUAGAUUUUACUUCAGAAUGGCCUAUAACAAAUCGACUAAAGAGAUCGAAGAUGUACCGCAACACGCCGCCGCCGUCGGUAGAACUGACAAAGGCAAAGAUAAGGGCAAAGGGAAAGGAAAAUCUUCUAAACCUGUAGAAACAAAUAUCAACAAACACGAAGAAAUCAAAAUAAGACCGUUAAGAACCCUCGAUAUUUUCGCCGGAUGUGGAGGACUUUCGGAAGGAUUGCAUCGAUCCGGUGUCGCUGAAUGUAAAUGGGCCGUCGAAAACGUCGAGGCGGCUGCUCACGCUUAUUCAUUAAAUAAUAGAAACUGUACAGUUUAUAACGAGGAUUGUAACGCACUUUUGAAAGACGUUAUGUCUGGAUCUACGCAUAGCAAAGGCGGGAUGAGAUUACCUAUGCAAGGGGAAGUGGAACUUCUCUGCGGCGGCCCUCCCUGCCAGGGAUUCUCCGGCAUGAACCGAUUCAACUCCCGCGAAUAUUCCAAUUUCAAGAAUUCUCUGGUCGCCUCGUACCUUUCCUACUGCGAUUACUAUCGUCCCAAAUACUUUAUUCUGGAAAAUGUAAGAAACUUCGUGGCUUUUAAGAAGGGAAUGGUUUUAAAGUUGACUCUUCGGGCGUUAUUGGAUAUGGGUUAUCAGUGUACGUUCGGUAUACUUCAAGCGGGGAACUACGGCGUGCCUCAAACGAGGCGGAGGCUUAUAAUUUUGGCCGCAGCGCCCGGGUACAAGCUUCCCAUGUAUCCGGAGCCGACUCACGUGUUUAGUAGAAGAGCUUGUUCUUUAACUGCGACUAUCGAUGGCAAACGAUUCGUAACAAAUAUGAAAUGGGACGAGUCAGCGCCGCGACGGACGUGCACUAUCCGCGACGCCAUGAGCGACCUGCCCACUAUAGCGAAUGGCGCAAACCAAAUAGAAAUCGAAUACGGCUCGAUGCCAGAAAGUCACUUCCAACGUUUAAUCAGAAGUAAGGAUGAAAGUAAGAAACUGCGAGAUCAUAUUUGUAAGAACAUGGCUCCUCUGAUCCAAGCCCGCAUUGCUAGGGUACCGACGACUCCGGGAUCCGAUUGGAGAGAUCUACCUAACAUAUCGGUCAUGUUGUCUGAUGGAACAAAGUGCAAGGUGCUGCAAUAUAGGUAUGAAGACAAAAAGAAUGGGCGUUCUUGUAACGGUGCGUUGCGCGGCGUAUGUGCGUGUGCUAGCGGCGGUGCGUGCUCGCCGCACGACAAGCAGGAGAACACGCUGAUACCGUGGUGUUUGCCGCACACCGCCAACCGACACAACAACUGGGCAGGCCUCUACGGUCGGCUGUGCUGGGACGGGUACUUCAGCACGACGGUGACGGACCCCGAGCCGAUGGGCAAGCAGGGCCGCGUGCUGCACCCGGAGCAGAGCCGCGUUGUCUCGGUGCGGGAGUGCGCGCGCUCGCAGGGAUUCCCCGACUCCUAUCUCUUCGCAGGCUCCGUACAGGAUAAACAUCGACAGAUAGGCAACGCUGUGCCGCCACCGCUCGGAGCUGCUUUGGGUCGUGAAAUUAAAAAGGCUUUUAGUAUAUCGAAAAUGUAAUAAAAUGUAAAUAUCAUGUUGAUUUAAUAUUUUAAUUAUGGACCAUUGUUUAAUAUAACAUAAGAAAAUAAACGUAUUUUUAUAAAUUGGUUUUAUUAACUGCAAACUAACACUUAUAUAAGUAUUAUGUCCAAGAAUAUAGAAAUCUUGGCGUGGAGCUCUGAAAAUAACUUCCUUAUUACAUAUCUUUAU